CGGGCCGCGACGUCGUUGAUGCGGUGCGGGGGCAGCGUGGAGAGUGGCGCGAGCGUGUCCUGUUCACCGAACGAGCUGGUAGUGUUUUGGGGGCAGACUGACAGCAGGAGGCACGGAUAUCUCCCACUUGAACAUAUAAGUUCAUCCACUGAGCCAUCAUGAAACAGCUACCGCCCAGCACCAUUCGACUUCUUUCAAGCUCUCAGUCAGUAUCCUCUGUUGUUAAUGUUGUGAAGGAACUUGUGGAGAAUUCAUUGGAUGCGAAUGCAACAAGCAUUGAGGUCAAAUUGGAGAACAAUGGAUUUGACAGGAUCGAAGUGAGAGAUAACGGUGAUGGAAUCAAAGCUGUCGAUACCCCUGUCAUGGGGCUGAAGCAUUACACAUCUAAAAUUACUCAUCACGAGGACCUAGAAGCUCUAGAAACAUAUGGGUUUCGUGGUGAAGCUUUGGCUUCUAUCUGUGCCGUGUCUGAGGUUAUUAUCACCACUAAGACCACUGUUGAUGACGUGAGCACCCAGUAUACCUUGGACAGUGUCGGUCAUAUCAUUUCACAGAAGCCUUCUCACAUGGGACAAGGAACGACUGUGACUGUACUCAAACUUUUUAAGAAUAUCCCUGUGAGAAAGCAGUUUUACUCAACUGUCAAAAAAUGCAAAGAUGAGCUGAAAAAAGUUCAUGACCUCCUAAUGGCAUAUGGCAUAAUAAAACCAGAUGUUCGGAUUAUUUUCACACACAAUAAGGCAGUUGUAUGGCAAAAAGCCAAGGUGUCGGAUCACAAAAUGGCCCUGUUAACAGUUCUGGGAACUGCUGUGAUGGUCAGCAUGGUACCCAUCCAACAUCAUGAGCAAGAACCUGAGAUUUUCCUUAGUGGCUUUCUUCCCAAACUUGGAUCUAAUCCUUCUUCGAUGAGUCUCACGAGCCCUGACAGAAGUUUUAUCUCUGUAAACUCCAGACCUGUUCAUCACAAGGAAAUAUUAAAAUUAGUCCGACAGUAUUAUACCUCUCAAUGUCAGAAGGAUACUUCACAUACUCGUUAUCCAAUUUUCUUCUUAAAUAUCUUGGUUCCAGCCUCAGUUAUAGAUGUCAAUUUAACACCAGAUAAGACUCAAAUAAUGUUUCAAAACAAGGAAGCCAUCUUAUUUGUAAUUGAGAAGGUGUUGAUUUCAGUCUAUGGGCAACUUCCUCAACCUGAUAAACCAUCCCCUGAAUGUUUACCAGAAACUGGACUUAGUGGAAGUGACGAAGUAAAUGACACUGUCACCUCAACAACAAGAGAAGCUUCCCUGAUUGCUGACACUGUGAAAGCUGGCGCUGAAGACGUCACUUUUCCUAACAAUACCUUUGAGGUGGUGGUUGAUGAAAAGCAGAGUUCUGACAGAAACAUGCCUGAGACCAAGUCCAAAGAGUCACCUCCUGCUGAGAUUGUGCAAUCAACUUUUGUGCCAGAAUUUGAUGUGGCAUUGGCAUUAGAUGAUGACUGCAUUCUUUCCAAAAGUCAACCUGAUAUUAACGAUGAAAGUGCUGGUCAUUCGUCCUUGGUACCUUUGACAUUAAGUGAAGAGAUCACCACUGCAAAGGAUUCCGGUGAACUAACUGCUGACGAUUGGAGUAAGGGUGUGAUGAAAGAUUCCACGGAGCAGGCAUUUUCACCUGUAAAGCUUUUGGUACCUAACAACGCAUCUAGUCAAGAUCAAAUAGCCUGUGAUGAAACAAAGCAACGCAGCCCAAGCAAUUGCAAUUCAAACAACAACCCAACUACAAAUUCUUCUAAUGUGGUGCAGGAUAAAAUUGGGCAGAUCACAUUAUAUGACUUGAUCAGCAAUCGCACUGUCAAAAAGUCUCUGCCAGCCCCUGCCCUUUUCAUGCAAGAAAUUCGACCCAAACUGUUAGCAGAGAACCCAAAAGCUAAUCUGCAAGAUGUUAGCAUGAAACUUGAAGAGAUGUGGAAAAAUCUGAAUGAGGAUGAGAAAAAGAAGUUCGAGGACAAAGCAGCAAAGGACCUGAACAGAUACAAUUUACAGCUGAAGAAAGCCAUGGAAGAAAAUCCUCCUCACAAAGAAGUGAAACAGCCAAAAUUGGCCCAAUCAUCUAAAGUUACUAUGAUGCACAAACAAAAUGCACCACUUUCAAAUCAGCAAAUAUUGGAUAAACUUUUUCAGUCACAAAUCCAUAACAAAACCAGUUUGGAAAAUCCUUGUAAGGUGAUUGAUGUUCCAUUUUCUUUAAGUGUUUUAAAAAAACAACUUGAGCAACUGUCCAAAAACAAUGAAGCAGGUGGUGAAAGACUUCAUCUCAUUAAUUCCUUGACUUCCCCCAGUGGAUGGGUUGUUGCCUCUGAAAGGAAGCUGAUGUUACUAAACCCUUUUCGAGUGGAGGAGGCUCUGCUAUUUAAAAGACUGAUGGAGAAUCAUAUUUUUCCAACAGAAAUCCUUGAUACACCAAUAUCGCUAACUAGCAGCCAGCUUGGAGGACCCCAGUAUGUAGAUUGCCUCUAUAAUAUGCAGAAAGAAAAUUCUGCUGUGAAUAGGAUAAUUUAUCUUACAGAUCCCAGACUUGUCUGUAAUGGAUUCAAGGUACAACUAAUCACAGAUAACGCAACAGGAGAGCAUCAUUUGGAAAUUCAAGAGAUGACUCGGUGUUUACCUUUCUACGGUAUAUCAGAUUUACGAGAGAUCCUGAUUGCAAUUUUAAAUAAAAAUGCUCAGCAUUUGCACCAGUGCAGACCUUUAAAGAUUGUAAAUUAUUUGGAGGGAGAGGCUGUUCGCCUGGCUCGACAGUUGCCGCUCAGAUUUUCAAGGGAAGACAUAGAAGAUACAUUGUUAAGAAUGCAGCAACAACUGGGAAAAGACUGUAACAGUUGUAUUCAUGGUCGUCCAUUUUUGCAUCAUUUAGCAAGCAUUCCAGAAACGAACUGACCAGACAUAACAUUUAGCAUUAUGCAACACAAUUGUUGCAACUGAGAAUAAAAUAAGGACAUGCAGCAAUAAUAAUUUUUCAGUCCAUGCAAAAAAAAUUAUGGAAACAUAUGAUCCUGAUGUCUUGAAUCUGAAAUUUUGAAUUCAAAUACUGUGAAAUUUUUAAUAUUCCAUUUUCUAAAUACAACUAGUUUCAGGACAAGAUGAAUUCCGUCUGAAAUUAUAUUGUUUUUUGAACAUGGUAGUCUAUGGUAAAAUACAGCACAUGUAUCUGAUAGAAUGCCCUACUCUUAAAGCAUAUUUCCAGCAUGUUGUUUGAACUAUGGAACAUAAUUAAGUAAGCAGUAUCAGCAGAUCCAUAUUUCAAUCCUUGUGUCUUUGCUUUCUCACAGUCAAUAAAAGUUGAAGAAUUUAUUCCUUCUUUCUUCCUUCUCAUUUUACCUUGCUCAAUAGAAAAAAUGAACACCCCCAUCCUUUCCCGAAUCACAUUGCUCUAAAUGAGCAACUAAUUUAAGAACAAGUGUGUCAUGGACCAGUUUGGUUGUGUCUCAUUCUUCUACACGUGGGAAGUCGGUGAGCAAGCUAAGAUCAGAAAUUCAAUAGUAGAGAAUUUUUAGCCUGCCUAUACUUAAAGACCAUGGAUUAUUAAAAGAGAAGAAAUGUAUUUUGCACAUUUAUAAAUAAAAUAUUAUUUCUACUGUUUAAAAAAAUCUGAAUAAUUUUAAUCAAUAAUUGAGAUGUUUGUUUAAAAAAUUAUAUUAUUU